CGCUCCAGUGAUCUCGUCGUCCCUCGUUCUCUCGGUUCCCUCUCUCCGCCAUGAGGUGGAAUGUUGCGGUCUGUGGCCUGAUGGGCCUGCUCGCCCAGUCUGCGACGGCCAUCACCAUGGACAUCGACGAUACCCAAUCGGUCAAGGAUGCCGCCGCUACGAUAGCAUACGGAAUGCUGAAAUACUACACGGGAAACAACACCGGCGACACACCCGGAAACUUGCCGGAUCCUUACUACUGGUGGGAAGCAGGCGCAAUGUUUGGCGCAAUGGUCGACUAUUGGUGGCUUACAGGCGACACAUCUUAUGUGGAAGUGACGACGCAGGCGAUUGUGCACCAAGCAGGCGAUGCCCGAGAUUUCAACCCCGCCAACCAGUCCCGAACAUCAUCCAACGACGAUGUAGGCUUUUGGACUAUCACGGCCAUGAUGGCGGCCGAGGACGCGUAUCCAGACCCACCUGAGGACCAGCCGCAAUGGCUGGCGCUCGUCCAGGCCGUUUUCAACCAGAUGGCUUCGCGCUGGGACGACUUGAACUGCGGCGGAGGUCUCAGAUGGGCUAUCAACGACUUUCAGACGGGCAAAGAUUAUAAAAACUCUAUCUCCAACGGUAUCUUCUUCAACCUUGGCGCACGCCUUGCGCGCUUUACAGGCAACAGCUCCUACGGCGAAUGGGCCUCGCGCACCUGGGACUGGGAGCGCUCCAUCAACCUGAUCACGGACGAAUACGACGUCAAAGACGGCGCCCACUUCGACGUGACAACACACGUGUGCCGCAACGACUCCGGGCCACACGUAUGGUCUUACAACAUCGGCGUCUUCCUCCAAGGCGCGGCCUUCAUGUACAAUAUCUCGACGGGCACCGAACAAGAGACCUGGAAAACCCGCGUGGACGGCCUGUUGGGGGCCGUCGAGGCCAAGUUCCUGACCAACGACACCAAGAUCAUCAAGGAAUGGUACUGCGAAUCGGGAUUUUCGAACAACGGACACCCGUACCAGUGCAACAUUGACCAGCAGACGUUCAAGGGCUAUUUGCUGCGGUGGCUAUCAUCAACUUCGCAAGUCGCGCCCUACACGUACGAACGCAUCAAUCCCUGGAUACGCGCAACCGCCGCCGCCGCCGUCGCUACUUGUACGGGGCCCGUCGGGGCGGCAGCACCGCAAGUAGACAGCGGUGGCAUCCAACCAGGCUUCAAGGGCAUCGACGGGACCGCGUGCGGGUUCAAGUGGACGGAGACGUUUGACGGGUGGGCUGGUGUUGGCGCGCAGAUGAACGCUUUGUCGGCUGUCAUGUAUACCUUGACGCAUACGGGGGUGGGCAAUGUGACCAAGGGACCCGUCACGGCGGCGCAGGGCGGCACGUCCAAGGGUGAUCCCGGAGCAGGUGUGACGGAUCCGGCGUCGAAAGGAGGGUUGGCGUCGCUGAAGGCGAUCACGAUGGCGGAUCGGGUUGGUGCGGGCAUCGUGACGGCGAUUUUGGCUAUUAGCAUUGUGGGCGGGAGUGUGUUUUUGACUAUUUAAGCAGCCGGGCGUUGGGCUCAGCCAGUGUGGAAAAUAUCAUGAUUUUUUUUUUUUGGUGUUUGAU